AUGAUAACAAUUAUUCUCAUCGAUACUAACAAUGGUCUUUCUGUACCAGCUGGACUUCGUCCAGCUAAAAAAGUUGGUGAUCCGAAGGAGCAAAUUGUGCCAGGAAAACAACAACAACAACAACAACAAGAGCAAGAACAACAACAACAACAAUAUGAUGACAAAUUAAACAUACCAACACCAAAAGUACCACCAAAUCUAACUAUAAGAUCACGAAUGAUGGCUGCAUUAAGUGCAUUAUCACGCGAUGAAGAUAGCAAAGAAAAUUCUUCUAUGAUUGAAACGGAUACUUCUUCCAAGCUACCAAUAAUAUUUCCGAAAAGUCAUAAGAAAGUUCCUGGAAAGGCAACUUCAUCAGGAUUUUCGAAAGGAAAUGUUCGAGUUAUUGUAGCACCACCAGCGACUCUGGGAAAGAACAAUUAUGGCUUGAACACAGUUUUACAAACAAAUUUGGUUGAUUCACGAGGACGUAUUAUGAAAAAUGUUAGUUCGGUACCAAUCAAAGUGCCAUCAUCUGCAGAAAUGAAAAAUGCUAAAACAAGACAUACUGCACGACAAGUUGAAAGUGAUGCAGAUAAAGUAGUGCCAAUAAAAUUUGGUUCAACAUCAAGGCGACGUUAA